AUGAAACCAGCAGUCGGCCGAUUCUUGAUCCUCCUCCCCGUCAUCCUAGCCGUCAUCAGCUUCAUUCUGUCCAUGCUGGCUCUAUACGCAGGUCGCCAGCCAGGCUUUAUGGAAGACUAUGCCUUUGUCAGGCUCAAUACCUCCAUGGUCGGACACAACCUCUUCGAUAAAGGCAAGAAGGACGACAAGAGUGGCGACAAGAAAGGCGGCGGUGGCAUCCUAGGCGGCAUCCUAGGCGGCAUUGUUCCAGACGUCGAAAUCCCAGGCGCCAACGUUCUGGGCGACGCCAAGGACUGGGUAGAGGACAAGACGGACGGUGUAAAGGGCAAACUCAAUGACAUCACCGGCACCAUUGCAGACGAAAUAGCCAAGAAGAUUGGCAUCAAGCAGUGGUACUCACUGCACAUCAUGGACUCGUGUGAGGGCUACUUCCAGCCGAAUGCCACCGCGCCCGGUGCUGCGCUCAACGUGACCAACUGUACUUCGUCGAGCCCAUCUCCUGACCGCGAGAUGCAUAUAGACCGCCUCAACCUGACGGAUCUCUUGGACAAGGAACUUAGAGUUGGCCCUGCAAAGCUCAAUCUCGCCGACAUCAAGUGGCCCAAGGGCAUCCAAGACACGCUCGACGUGCUCAACAAUGCCCUCCUCGGCCUGCUCAUCAUGUACUCCCUGGGCAUAGGCUGCUGCGCCGCGUCGGCAUUAGGCGGUCUCGCAGCCUUCUUCAAGCCCGACAUGCGCAUCCUCGCGCUGGUGAAUUUCACCGUCGGCGGUUUGGCGUUCCUCAGCAUCAUCAUAGCCAGCAUCAUCGUCACUGUUGCCACAAACACCGGCGUCGAGGCCGUCAAUAAAAUCGGCAAUCCGGUCGGACUGUACGCGAGCAGAGGCGAAAAGUUCUACAACCUAAGCUGGGUGACCACGGGAUUCAUGGGAUUCGUCACCUUGUUCUGGAUGGUCCGCUUCUGCAUGGUGAGGCGGCAGAGGAGGCUCAUGACGGAAAAGACUUGGAGCUGA